AUGGAUAUGAACAACAUGAAAGGAAAGGUAGACCAGAUGUUGGAGGCUAGGCUAGCCCAAUCUAAGAACAAUUUUCAACAUGGUGUCACAGAGAAUGUUGGUUCCUCAUCAGGCUUUACUGUAAUUACCAACCCAAUGUAUGACCCUCUGUCUAACUAUAAUCCUCCACAAGUGAACAUUCCUACUCAAUCCCAGUUGAUGCCAUUGACCAAUCCUGAUGUUGAAAGGCUUCAUGCCCUUGAGGAGAGAGUCCAAGAAAUGGAUGUAAAUGACAAUUUUAGGCUUGAUAUGUGCUUAGUACCAGGCCUAAUAAUCCCCUCGAAAUUCAAAUUACCCAACUUCGAGAAGUACAAAGGGGAUAGUUGUCCAAGGCACCAUUUGGUGAUCUUCUUCCGAAAAAUGGCAUCAUAUACACACAAUGACAAGCUGAUGAUUCACUGUUUUCAAGACAGUUUGAUUGGAGCAUCAUUGAGUUGGUAUAUGAAAUUGAAAAGAAGCCAUAUUCAGUCAUGGGAAGACUUAGCCAAUGCUUUUUUGAAGCAGUACAACUACAACUUGGACAUGGCUCCAGACCGAAGGCAGCUGCAAAGCUUAUCCCAAAAGAGCAACGAAUCUUUCAAAGGAUAUGCACAACGAUGGAGAGAAUUGGCAGCCCAAGUGCAACCACCACUCUUGGAUAAGGAAUUGGUUGACUUGUUUAUGGAUACCUUGCAGAGUCCUUACAUUGAAAGGGUGGUAGGCAAUGCGUUAUCAGACUUCGCCCACUUAGUGACAAUUGGAGAACGCAUCGAGAGUGCCCUAAAAAGCGGAAGAAUCUAA